AUGUCUAGUACAACCAGUGGAGCAACCAUAGAUAAGCUGAGGUACAUUUUUGCAAGCUAUGGACUGCCAGAGGAACUUGGUCCUCAGUUUGUUUCUGAAGAUUUUGAAAUGUUCUUGAAGAGGAAUGGAAUUAAGCAUACUCUCAUUCCACCUUAUCAUCCAGCCAGUAAUGGUGCUGCAGAGAGAGCAGUGCAGACAGUAAAGCAAGCUCUAAACAAGAUGUGGCUAGAUCAUAAGAGAAAAGAUACUUCAGUUACAUGGUCAAGAAGAUUAGCUAAUAUUCUAUUGACUUAUCGUUCUACGCCACAUUCAGUUACAAAGCAAGCACCGUCAGAGUUAUUUAUAAAGAGAAUUCUGCGGACUAGGCUAAGUUUAGUAAAACCAAACCUAGCUAGUGCAGUUGAAGAAAAACAGCAUCAACAGAAAAAGUAUCAUGACCAAAAGGGGGUUAAAAGUCGCGAGUUGAGAGAAAAUCAACCAGUGCUUGUUAGAAAUCACAGAGAUAGCACGGAGAAAUGGAUCCCUGGAGUCAUUGUAAAGAAGAAAGGACUUCUUACAUAUUUGGUAAAGUGUGGGCAAAGAAUAAGAUUUGUGCACAUAGAACAUCUUUUAAAUAGUGUGAUUCCACCGAAAGAGACAACAGAAGAGUUCCCUGUUAUUCGAGAUGUAUUACCUCCAAUUGAAUUAGAGAAAACAUGUGAUGAAACAGUUAUUGAGGACAAAGAUUUACUCAAUAAAAAGACUCCAAUAAAAAUGCUUUUCUGCUUGUUUUCCAAGUGCUGGUAG